UGGUCCAAGAAGAUAAAGUAAGCUUACUGAAACUAUACAUUCAUCAGUCAACCAAUACACAGUCUCUACUAAAUGUUCCACGUUCCGAUUUAGUUGCCUAGAGUCUGGGCCUGAGAGUAAUACACAUAGAUAAGAAGAGGAGAAACUGAAUCAAAGUAAGGUAUAUUCUUUAGUGGGAUCAGACCAGGUAACAAUACUUUUUUUCUUGGUAUCAAUAAACUAUAUAUUUGGUUUAAGUUACAGUAGUCCUUUGCCCUUAUCAAUGGGGCAAAGCCACUUCCCUGACCUUGAGAAGGGAAAUGUGUAUUUUGGCAGGUGGUGUGGGAUGAAAAGCUGGUGUUUCUGUGAUAAGAAAAACGCUUCUCCAUGUGCCACGUUGUCACAAUCACACAGACAGCAAACUGAGCAACAAGUCAUACAUUGUGUGAGCAGAACCAGCAAGGUGUAGUAUCAUCUGUGAACCUAUGUCUGGACUCAAUGUCACCCUUGGUUACUUUCUCGCUGUUGUGGUGUUUGGUGCAGCCUUUAGAACCCUUUUCAGAAAAUGGCCUCGUUUGAGCGUUGCAGCAGAGUUUCCGGCCUCGUUUGUGCUGGUGGCAUGCUGGCUGGAGGUGCAGACCAUUAAAGAGGUGGGCGAGUGGGCAGGAGGACUGGGUCCAGACGUGACUCUAACCAUACUGUUUUUAGUGCUGCUGACCCAUGGUGUGAUCUGUGCCGGAGCCACUGGAAACCCCUCCCUGACUCUGAUGAAUUUCCUGCUGCUGGAGACCCAUACUCUGCCCACUCUGCUGGCUCUGGCUGCUCAGUUCCUGGGGGCACACCUGGCUCUGCUUGGGGCUGGCUACUACUGGGCCCUGGAGCUUAACGACAUGCACAUGAUCAAGAACCUGAUGUCAAGGGAGUGCAGCACAGCCCUGCGUGUCUCCCUGGUGCAGGGGGUCAUUUCUGAGUGUGUGUGUGCAUUCAUCUUUUAUCUGAUAUACCUCAGCCUGAAACAUCGCUCUGCGCUGAUUCGGGUUCCUCUCGUUGCAGCUGUGCUCACCUUCUUCUCCCAUUCAGCCAGUGAUUAUACCAUGGCUUUCCUGAACCCCUCCCUGGCCUAUGGCCUUACCUUCUACUGUCCCGGGUUCACCUUUACAGAGUACUCAGUGGUCUACUGGCUUGGGCCCAUUUUUGGAAUGACCCUUGCCCUUCUCCUGUACAUGGGCCACAUUCCUAGGAUUUUUACCAAGAACCUGCUGUAUUCCCAGAAAACCCGCUUCCGUGUGCCAAAGGGGGAGGGAGAUAAAAAAAAGUGAAAGAAUAUAAAAAUCAUCCACCUCAGCUGAGGCAAUAACGGACCUAAGAGUGCAUUAGGAACGCAAUGCUCAAUUUUGUUCUUAUUGGGAUGUUUCAUUAUGCACUGAGCACUAUAUUCAACAGCUGAUUCUCUCCUUAGGUUAGACUGACAAAAAGGAAUGUGCUAUAGAAUAAUAAGAUCUGUACAUGUAUGAUACAA